UAGCCACUCCACAUAAUAUAAUAUCAUUCCAAAACAAGAAACAAGCAGAGAAAAUGUCCAAAACACCCUCUCUUUCUCUGCCGGGAAGGGAAAUGGAGCUCCAAGCACCGGUCACCCUGGCGGCGGAAGGCGGCGGAGACAAAAUGGAAAGGCUAACGGUGGACGAUAUGCUCCAGAAAUACUGCGGCGAGUUUGGGCGGUGGCAGUGGAAGCACUUCGUGUUGACCAGCUUGGCGUGGGCCCUGGAGGGCAUUCACACCAUGGUCAUGAUCUUCGCCGACCGGGAUCCCGGCUGGCGGUGUACUACCACCGGCUCUGCCGGUUGCCCAUCUCCGGGUUCUAGUAGUAUAUGUGGGCUUGGGCCGGGCCUGUGGGAAUGGGAAGGUGGGCUUAAGAGUUCUACUGUCUCUGAGUUCGGAUUGGUGUGUGGUCACAAGUACCGGGUCGGGUUGGUCCAAGCCUUGUUUUUCGCCGGCUGUAUGAUCGGUGCUGGAACAUUUGGACACCUCUCUGACUCAAAAAUGGGAAGAAAGGGCACUUUAACAAUUGUUUGCAUAAUGAAUGUCAUCUUUGGCUGCUUGACUGCAUUCUCCCCAAACUACUACUUGUACGUCCUCCUCCGCCUCCUCUCCGGUUUCAGCACUGGGGGAACGGGCCUAUGCGCAUUCGUCCUUGCCACAGAGCCCGUAGGCCCAACGAAGCGAGGCAUUGCAGGGAUGUCCACCUUCUACUUUUUCUCUUCUGGAAUCGCCCUUCUUGCUGGUAUUGCCUACCAUUUCAGAACAUGGAGACAUCUCUAUAUUGCUUCUACCAUCCCCUCUAUUCUCUUUGUCUUCCUAGUCCUCCCAUUCAUCCACGAAUCCCCUCGCUGGUGCCUCGUCCGAGGCAAGGUGGAUGCUGCGAUGAAAAUCAUGCACAACAUUGCCAAAUCUAACCGAAAACACCUCCCGGAGAAUGUCCUACUUGUCCUUGACAGUGAAGUGAACAAAGAUUAUCCUGCCAAAAUUGCAGCUAAUGAACCUCAACCUCAUCCAGAACCUAAACUAAAAGAAGCUAAGACAGGUUCACUGUUGGGCGUUCUUCAAUGCCCGCUGACUCGUAUCCGCUUGCUGCUAGCAGUGACAAUUAAUUUCACAAUGGCCACUGUCUACUAUGGACUUAGUCUAAAUGCGGUCAACUUGGGAACCAAUCUUUACAUGAAUGUUGCUCUUAACGCCGUAGCUGAAAUGCCUGCAUAUUUCUUGACUGCAGUCUUGCUAGACAAGGUUGGGAGAAAACCUUUAACCAUAGGCACACAUUGGUUUAGUGGGAUUUUCUGCCUGGCCGGGAGCUUGAUGAAGGGCUACGGAACGUGGAAAGUCAUCCGAAUGAUUUGCGGAGUUCUUGGGAUAUUCGGAAUGGCAGGGACAUACAACCUGUUGUUUAUCUACACUGUGGAACUGUUCCCGACCACGGUGAGAAAUGCAGCUCUUGGGUGUACAACACAAGCAGCACAGCUUGGGGCUAUUUUGUCACCUCUAAUUGUAGUUCUGGGAGGUGGCAUUCCGUUUGCCGUGUUUGGAGCUCUUGGAAUUUCCGGUGGAUUGCUCGGGUUUUUCCUACCAGAGACGUUGAACAAACGAUUGUAUGACACGAUGGAUGGAAUGGAGGAAGGAGAAUCAAGAGAAGCUGAACUGCACAAGGGGGUCCAAGUUUGAUCAAGCAAAUUUGCUUCCUGUUUUCUUGAACAUCUGCAGCUCUGUCUCCCUAUCCCCAUUGCCAUUCCAUAGGACUCUUCUGUAACUGUUAGAACAAGUUUACACAUUACUUUAAUUGAAAAGCUUGGCUUUAGCCAUUACCUUGGACUCUUCAUUUGAAUCAUCCUCUUGCAAAUUGAAUAGAAGCAAUUGGACAAAUCAUUUAUGCUCGAAAUUCCUUUCUAGAAUACC